AUGGAUGCAUUGCAAACUGCGAAAAAGGAAUGGGGGAAAGGCCACGAAGAGGGUCCAUAUACAUCCAUGAGAAUGGUGAAGUAUCUCAUUGACCAAUCAGGCUUAUCGCUCCAGGGCUUCGUCAGCCACCCCCAUCAGACGCUGAAAGAAUGGACGUUUCCCCAGACGUUGAAGCAUGUUCAGGCACAACGCAGAAAAAACUCCCCUGAACUGGAACUCACCUGGAACUCGAAAACGGGGCGUUGUACGGCCCUAGCUCACAAGGUCUCCGGCAGACUUGAGGAAAAAGGCCCUGAUACAUUUUGCUUUGAACAUUUUAAUAUGACAUCGGGUAGAGCGGGACAUCGACUUUCUCGAUGCCGAAAGACCGGUGUCGUGAUCGACUCCAGUUCUACGGUUGGAGCUGCCAUGGUCCCCGAGCUAACAGACUGGAUUCUCGUUGGCAAUGUGAAGUGUAAAUUCGAUGGAUCUCAGUCCUGGACUGAGAUUACACGGUCAGGGGCAAGUAACCUUGCACUUGAGGACGAGGGAAAACAGAUACAGAAGAAGAGUCCACCAAUCACCCAUGAAGAAGCGCAGGCCCACUGCCUAAGUGAGGUUGCUCAACAGGUACCGCUCCUCACGUAUUUCCGGUCAUUCCAGAAUGGACAACCAAAGCUUCAUGGGAUGAUGAAAUUCCAACUUGACACCAAAGGAAAUUGGCGACAGCUAGAUCUUAUACCAGACCCUGAAGUCAAAGAUGGCCAAAAGCAUACCGGUUGCAUCGUCUGGAACCAAGGUGGUACAGAGGCCACAAAAGGAGUACCAUCUCGCAGGUAG